GUUAACAAAAACAAAAAGAAAACAUAAAAACAAACUGUGUUUUGUUCAUAAAAUACAUAGCCAAAAAAGGUGAACGGAGCAGGUUUCCAUCUUUUCUAGGCAAUGUUUAUAACAAAAAGGGCCUGCAAACGGUACAUAUACAUAAAACUACCAAUAAAUUUAUGAAUGCUGAAACUGGAAUUGAAGGCCAACAAAAAACAAAGCACUAUUUUUGUCAAUCAGCAGACGACGUUAAGAUAGCAUUAGUGACACAUUUGCUAUUUGCUAAUUCGCAGAUUAACACUCGUCAUACAACCUGUCUCUGCUGAACAAACAAAAAAAAAAAGAGUGCAUCAGCAUAGUAAGCAUUAAUAGGGCUUAACUAUGAGCGCAUCGAUCAUUGCCAAUUUGUGCGUAUACAUUCUUACUUGGAAUGUGGGAACACAUCAUCCGGAUGAUGUUUCCAUGACCAAUGCGUUAUCCUUAAAUGGAACCACUGCAUGCCCGGAACAGCGAUUGCCGGAUAUCUAUGUUGUGGCAUUGCAGGAGGUUAGCACUCAUGCCAAAAAUCAAUUCCUCAACAUAUUCCAUGAUGAUCCGUGGACAUUUAAAAUAAGUGAGCACCUCAGUCCCCACGAUUACAUCAAAGUGGGGACGGAGCAGCUGCAGGGAAUACUUAUUAUGUUGUUUUCACAGCCCAAACAUGAGCCCCACAUGAAGGAUGUGGAAGUGCAAAAUACGCGCACAGGUUUGGGCGGCUUAUGGGGCAAUAAAGGUGCUGUAAGUAUUCGGAUGAGUCUUUAUGGUACCGGUGUGACAUUCGUUGGCACACAUUUAGCUGCACAUGACAACAAGUUGAGUGAACGCAUUGAAGACUACAAUCAAAUUGUGAAUAAUCAUCACUAUAAAACACCGAAAUAUCGGAGCAUCUUCGAUCACGAUUAUGUUUUUUGGUUUGGUGAUCUUAAUUUCCGUUUAACCGGUACUGACUCUGCAUGGGAUGUGCGCUCAUUAGUAGAACAUGGGAAGUUGGAUGAGUUGUUGGAACGCGAUCAACUAUCAUUAGUGCGAUCAACAGGCAAUGCAUUUGCACUACUCACCGAAGAAUUGCCUACUUUCCCACCCACUUUCAAAUUCAUCGAAGGCACAUCCGAAUAUGAUUUAAAACGGCGCCCAGCAUGGUGUGAUCGCAUCUUACAUCGUGUGCAAGAGAAUCGAUAUCCAGAUAUUAUAUUGAAUAUUACACAGCUAUCUUACAAAUCACAUCCGGAUUACACGCUUUCCGAUCACAAACCCGUCUCAGCCGAAUUUCUCUACAAAAUAGAGGCACAAACGCAAACAGAUGAAGAGUUGUAUGAGCUAACGCAUGGUGGUGGCAGUACCGAAACACCUUUAGCUAGUGUAACUAUCUUACUUGUUACAGCUUUUUUUAUAUUGUACUAAGCAAACGGAACGAUACUUGUUUGUUAUAAUUUUUUCUUGUUUACAGCCCGAUAGCGAAAAUGCUCGUCUUGCGCCAAUAUAUUAAAACAAAAGAAAAGCGUUUACAAAACAAGAAUCUUAGGCAACAAGUUUGAUAAGCAGAAAACAUGUGCUUGGUAGCGUGAUAAGUGUCGAAAGUGCCCUGCAAAUUAAACGUAUUUAAGCAAAUUCUGUAUUUUAUCUCAAAUUUGGUUGUAUUAAAUUUAAAACGUCCAAUUAAUGUUUUUGUAGAAUAUUUUUGCAUAUUAACAUUACCUGAAUCUCACUUUGAACAGAGAUGUCUUAUUUGAUAUUUCGUUCUUAACACGUCUUUCAAUUUUAUAUUUAAUUAUGGCAUAUAAAUUGUUAUAAAAUUAUGUUGAUUACUUUCAAAGUUACCAAUUUUGCACUUUUCAAUGAUAGCAAUACUAACCGUACCUCCAAAGUGAUACAUAUUACAAUGUAGCAUAAUAUAUUCAAAAAAGUUUACAUUACUCGAAUAAAACUAAAAAAAGAUAAUUCUUUAUAAAUAAGA